AUGGCGCCUGGGUCUAGAAAUCGUGCCGUAGAUUUCUUGAACAGCUGGGCCACCAAGUCCAUUCAACCGGCGCGGGAGCUCCAGAAACGCCUUGUCGACGAGCAAAAGGACCAGUCUCAUCCAGCCCUACAAUACACACGCGGUCUCGAGUGGUCAGAGGACGAUGAGGCGCAGGCUGAAGCUCUGUGGCAAGCCGAAGCAGAGCAGUGGAAGAUGGGCGACUUGCAAGCCUACCUGAAGCUGUGGAAGGUCUGCAUACAAUUCGCAGACUGCACUCCCUGGGACAUUGUCGGCGAGAGGGCACGGCUGCGCUUCGUCUCUAGCAGCAGCCUUCGUGUCGAAACUUACCGCAUGUGGUCCAAGGACUUUUGCCUCGCGCUGCUUGAGAUUAUCACACACAUAAUCUGGCCGAGGCAAACGAUGGCGCACACGGAAUGA